CAAAAUUAAUUCUAUGGGAAAAGUUGCAUUUUCCAGCCAUGAAAAAAGCAAAGUUCAUCAGCACCAACAACGGAUCCGAUGUACAAAUCUGCAAAUGAAUGGUUUUAUAAAGCCUGUAAAUAAUGUGCCCAAUGCGCAAUCUGCAUCAGUCUCUAUUGUCGAAGCCCAAACAGCAACUCCACCCACAAAUCAAAUGUCCAGCGCUUCACCAUCUGAAUCAACUGCCUUGAAGAAGUUCUUGUUGAAAGAUAAUGUUGUUAUUGCAGAAAUUCUUUGGGCGCUAGAAGCCAUUCAUACGCACAAGUCGUACCGUUCCGCUGGGACUGAUACUGUGCUUUUUAAGAGAAUGUUCCCCGACAGCGACAUUGCUGCAAAAAUGGAAAUGGGUAGAACAAAGGUUGGGUACCUGCUAACAUAUGGUAUAGCUCCUUACUACACGAAGGAACUCAUGUCGGCCCUGGAAGAGUGCGUGGAAUUUGCGAUAGGAUUUGACGAAACCUUAAACAAAAUUUCGCAACGCCAGCAAAUGGACAUCGGAGUUCGGUUCUGGAAUAGAAUCAGUGGCCAAGUCGAAUCAAGGUACUUGGGAUCAGCUUUCCUUUCCUCCACGAAAGCCAAGGAUUUAGUCGAUGGGAUAAAAGAACGAUUUUCAAGCAUUAUUUGGAUUACUCAAGAAAACGAUUCAGUUGUUUAUGGACGGGCCCAACGUAAACUGGAAGGUUCAGAAAGAUUUGCAAGGUGAAAUUCAAGAGCUUCGAGGCAGCUCCACGUUUGCCAUCCUCAACAUUGGGAGCUGUGGAUUGCAUACAGUGCAUAAUGCUUUCAAAGAAGGAAUGCGACAGACAGAAUGGCAUCUAGAUGACUUCCUCCAGUGCCUCUACAGC